GCACAGUACGUCAAUGCGGUAGUGGAACCUAACGAAAGAACACGGGUAGGACUUAAAGGACUGGAUUUUUCAAGCCGCUUUAAACUGUCUUCAACUGGGCGGCUAGAAAUUUUAGGAAAGCCCAAGGCCGCUGAACAACAUGGGGAACGCAGAGAGCGGCUGCGGAGGAGGUAGUGGGGACGAGGAGGAUGUCGAAGCCGAAAGUCCUGGGUUCGCGGAAGGCAGUCCGGCCUCUGCGGCCACGGGCGUCGGCGUUGCAAACAGUGGAGGCUCCGGUUCUGGCAGAAGCGGAUCGAAUAACCCUCCAGUGACAGGCUGCGGACCACCCACUCCAGGGGUACUUUUAGAGCAAGUCAAACUGAGAGAGGCGGCAGCACGCAUUAGUGACUCUGGGGUCGCCAUUCCCGAGUCGGUCCUGGCUGGGAAUGAGGGCGUCCUGGUACGGUGGCUCGAAGACCGGUUGAGCCGGGGAGAGGAGUCGGUAAAUGUGGAACAAUUUUGCGAGAUGCUGGAGAGCCGAGACGCACCGCGAGAUGAAUGUGAAGAGGCCUUUGGCCAGUUCGACGCGGAGGGGGACGGAGUCGUGGACGUUGAGAACAUGCUGCAAGCUCUGAAGAACUCCAACGGGGCCAAUCUGCAGGGAGAGCUGAGUCACGUCAUUAGACAACUGCAGGCGUGCACCCUAACCCCAGGAUUUGUCGACAUAUUCUCCAAGUCCAAAGACAAGUUGGGAGCGCACGCCUCUAAGAUCCUGAAGUUCCUCCACAGGAAUCGUAUUCCCAGCAGUGCCAUCCCUUUUCCUGUCCUGGAGGGAUACAACAGCAUCUGUACCAUGAGGUCCACUGUCGUACAGGACUUCCUGGAGUUCCUCAUUCAGAAAGAGAAAGACAUGGACAUCCAGUACCGGGCCGAGCUGAUCCGGGACCCGGAGGUGGAUAAAGUCAAGGUGAUCACACAGUGUUACAGUUUCAUAGAAGCUUCGUCAAACGCUGCAGACAUCCACAAGAUGACCAAUGGAGAGACUGCUACCUUCUGGCAGUCAGACGGCAGCGCUCGCUCACACUGGAUAAGGUUAAAGAUGAAGCCAGACGUAGUCCUGCGUCGCUUGGCCGUUGCUGUGGCAUCCAAUGACCACAGUUACAUGCCCCAGCUGGUGUCAGUGGCAGUUGGGAAGAACCGGCGCUCGCUGCAGGAAAUCCGGGAAGUCCGCAUCCCCUCCAACGUCACGGGCUACGUAGCCCUGCUGGAAAAUGCCAAUAUUACACACCCCUACAUCCAGAUCAACAUUAAGCGCUGCCUGAGUGAUGGCUGUGACACGCGGAUCCACGGUCUGAAGACGCUGGGCUACCAGAUCACCAAGAGUAAGGAGGUGUCUGUCUCCGAUGCUUCGGCCAUCUGGUACCUGUCCCUCCUCACGUCCCUGGUCACGGCGUCCAUGGAGACCAACCCUGUCCUGGCCCAGACGGUCCUGCAGAGUACACAAAAAGCCUUGCAGCACAUCCCGCCCCUGUCCUUAACGCCGUCCUCCACUGACUUCCCCAAGUUCUUCUCCAUGAACAUCCUGGAGGAGGUGGAUGGGUUCCUGCUCAGAAUAGCAGACUGCUGUGUGACGCCGGAUGCAGAACUGACCCUCUUGGCCUUUGCCCUGGCCCGGGGCAGCGUGGCCCAGGUCCUCCGGUCCCUGUCUGGCAUCAUUGGGCAUCGUGAGGCAGAGUACCGGGCCUCCUCCCUGAUCUCCUCCAUGGCCUCGGUCAGGCUGCGCCUGCUCUAUCGCAAUGGGAAGACUUUGCAAUUGCACCUCCAGGCCUGUGAUGUGAAGGGUAAAGAAGAGAAAUCCGGACCGGAGAACAUGCUGACGGAACCUGCUACUGGAGAUGGUUUUCUUACAGAGAGUGGUAAAAAGCGAGCAAGUGUGAUCUUGUCUACUGAGGACCAGAGCAGCUUCCAGGUGACGCAGAUGAAGGUUAAAGUCCGUAAAGGUGCUAUUGGAGCCAAGUGUGGCCUGGUGUUUGCCUACAACGAAGGAGAUGCCUUUGACGCUGAGAAACACCUGAAGAGGUUUCAGAAAUAUGACUCCUGGGACUACAGGGACUACAAGGAGUUUGUACAGGACAAUCUGAGGAUUCCCCCGCAGUCGGAGGAUGAGCCCAUUGGCUGGUUUGAGCUGGAGGAUGACUGGAAUGAUGUAGAGAUCAAACUGCAGACGUGUCGCGUUGCUAAGUUCCUGAUGGUGAAGUUCCUGUGUGCGCGCCAGGACAGUGCUGAGCGCCUGGGGGUUCAGUCGCUGUCAUUCAGCGGGUACCUGUGUCCCGGCGCCGAGAGGCUUGAUGACCUGGAUGACCUCAGUCCACAGGGUGACGGUUCUGAGGGGGACAAUGUCACUGGGCUCAUCCUGCUCAAGAAGACCCUCUUUUUCAUCCAGCAGCUCACAAGAGACAUGGAUGUGUCCCUGUUCAAGCAGAAGUUCCUCCUGGACUUCAGUGGCCUCAACCCCAACCUUUUCUGGAGCUUCUACAACAAACUCAGGGACAUUUCGGGGGAGGAGGUGAUGAAAUGCAGGGUGCUGGUGCUCCAGCUGCUCCAGAACUGUUUCUCGGUGCUGCCCGCCCCCCCGGAGAGCAGGGUGGGUGACGAGGUUCCGUCGGCGUCCGGCUCGGCGUCCGCGCCCACCAGUGCCGAGCCAGAGUGUGCCAGCGCCGUGUGGGAGCUCUACACACACCUCUGUCAAAUUGUGGAUGGUCCAGAGGCUGAGGGGACAGUUGACAAAGCCUUGAGGAGAGAGGCAGUGAAAGCCAUUCUGACCGGAGCGGCCAUCUUCUUCCCAGAUAAACAGAGCAGAAGGGACAAGCUCUUCCACAUGAUGAAAAACAUUACAGAAGAAGAUCAACCAGAGUCGGUCAAGCUGACAUUUAAAUCGCUUUGUAAUUACUUCAGUGACCAGGAUCCCAGCGGCCUGCUCUUGCUCCCCCCAAAAGGAGCCCCGUCAGACUUUGACGUCAGCCCUGUUCUCAGCGUCAUGGAGACUCUACUCAUGGUGGUCACUCGGGAGAGUGAGGUGCUGAUGGUGGAUGUGAAUGGAGGAGCCAGCCGGGCGGUUUUGCUCUCUCUGUUCUGGGCCCUGCAGGGCAGCCUGCUCUCCUGGUGCUACCUGCAGCUCAAAGGAGGGGCGGCGUCGGACCUGGCCAGGGACAUCCUCCUGAGGUAUGUGGAUCUCUUCCUGGGCAGCACUAAGGCGGUGCUGGGAGGCCUUCUGCAGAGAUACAGUGGAGCUGAGAUCACCGAUAAGCUCAGUGGAUCCAUCCUGGCCAUGGCCACCAGACAGCUGAUGAUCUUCAUGCUGGAGCUGUGCUCCCUGGACAUUCCUCACUCUGUACUUCUGACCAGCUUCUCCUCUCUGGUGGAGCUGCUUAAAAACCUGUCCAGCGACACGGGAGACAUCUUCUCUAAGGUGGACCUGGAGAGCUGCCAGCAGUCCCAACAGCCAGUGGUCCUCAGGACAUGGAACAUGGAGUCUCCUCACAACUACGAGAACAGCCGACACCAGACCACCGUCUUCGCCUGCCCCGGAGCCACUUGCUUUGAGGUGGAGUUUGACGAACGCAGUGAAACCGAGAAGAGAUAUGACUACUUGGAGUUCACCGACGCUCGAGGAGGGAAGGUCCGUUAUGACAUGAAGGUCGGGACGGAGAAGUGGCCAAAGAAGGUGACCUUUGAGGCGGGGCCCCAGCUGCAGUUCCUCUUCCACUCGGACAGCAGCAACAACGAGUGGGGGUACAAGUUCACAGUGACGGCCCGCGGUCUGCCCGACAUCACGGUGUCCUGGAUGUCCGACCUGCAGCUCCUGGUGGCCCGGCUGAUGGGUCGCCUGGCCUCCAGGACCAUGGCCCUCAAAUCACCCCACGAGAUCCGCAAUCUGAAGGAGCUUCCUGCCGGUAAAAUGGCCCACGUCCUGUCUUCUCCUCUGUGGAAGCCUAUCUUCAAACAUGGACUCGUUGAAUCUCCCCACAUACCGACAGGAGAGCCAGAUGGUACUGAUUGGUUCGUGAAGUUUUGUGAGGACUUUGGUCACUGGAACCCCACAGAGGAACCACUCGACGGAAGAACUGAACUGAUGCGGAACCUCAUGCUGGCCUGCAAGAAGCAAACAAUCAGGAAUGAAAUAAUAGCUGGGUCGAAAGGAGAAAUGGCGGUGAAUGCCAUAUUUGUGGCCAUGGUUUACCACACACCCCCGCUCAACCAGGCUCUCAGGACCUACGUCAGUCAUGGUGGUCAACUAAGUCUCACUGAGGACUUUAUGGAAGUCUUCAGUCUGGCUGAGAGCAUCAAAACAUGGAUGUUGGAGAUGAAGCAGCGGUAUCUUAUGGGAACAAUGAACGUGUCUGAGGGGAAGGGGGAGUGUCAAAGUGAGGUCACCAUGGAUGGUCUGGCUGAGGUGCUCCUUGGGAAGGCUUCUUUGUUGCUGAAAUUCCCGCCCAGCGGGGGGUCAUCUCACCUGGGAACGGAGUGUUCCAGGCCUGUGGAGGGCAGCACUGUCCUGCAGCCACCACUCUUCCGCUGCAGCUCUUUAUCCGACAGGGACUUCCAGCCCAGCCCCUCAUCAGGAGCCCAGUCGUCCGAGGCGGCGGGCUCUGAGGUGGGGGCCGCUGGGGCGAGGACUGGGACUGCUGGCCCGGUGUCUGGAGCAGGCUUACCCCAUCCCUCCAGGGUCCAAACCCAGGACUCGACGGCUUCCGAUCCAGGGCCGGGGCCCUCCAGUCAGGUCCUCCAGGGCUCCACAGAGAGCCUGUCCUCUCAGCCAGGGGCGGCCGAGCCUGUCCCCUUGGCAACCUUUCCCCGUAAGGCCUCCUCCCUCAGCCGGGGCCGCCUACGCCUCCUCUCCUUCCGCUCGGUGGAGGAGCCCCGGGCUGCCCCCUCUGUCAAGGAGCGCUACCCCCUUCUCAAACACAUCCUCAACUUCAUGAAGGACCAGGCGCUCACGACCGUCAGUGUCCAACAGAUGCUGUCCCUGAACAAAGCCCAGGCUCAGAGUGUCUGCGUUGUCCUGGAUACAGUGCAGCAGUGUUUACGGUCCCUGGGGAAACCACAUCUCUUCCAGGCCCCCUGCAUUCUGUUCCUACAGGAACUGCUGGCCUGUCAGAAAGACUUCACCAGCUAUUUCUCCCAGUUGACUGGCAGUGGUCAGGAGCUGAGGGAAAAGGUUAGGAGGUCCUACCAUCAACUGGUCCUCAUGCUGGUGGAGGCGGUACAGGGCUUCAGCAGUCUCAACGAAAAGGUUCUCCUGCCGGCCCUGUCCUGUGUGCAGACAUGUCUGCUGCACCUCCUAGACAUGAGCUGGGAGGUGCAGGACCUCCCCCUUUUCCUCCAGAUCAAACUACCGGACCUACUCCUCACCAUGUCCCAGGAGAACAUCAGUGUGCACGACAUAGCCAUCAGUCAGUGGACCGUGGAGGAUGAGAUCGCCGACUAUAAGAAGAACCGUGAAUGGAUGGACCAGUGUAUGGACGGCAUGUUUGAGAAGUGGUAUGACAAGAUUGACGAAGAGGGUUCCAUGGAAGACCGGAGAAAGAUGCACAUGUUCAUAGCGCGCUACUGUGACCUCCUCAACGUGGUCAUCUCCUGCGACGGCUGCGAGAGGAUGGCUCCCUGGCACCGGUACCGCUGUCUGCAGUGUAUGGACAUGGACCUGUGCAAGACCUGCUUCCUCAGUGGCGCCAAGCCUGAAGGUCAUGAGGACGACCAUGAGAUGGUCAACAUGGAGUAUGCGUGUGACCACUGUCAAGGCCUCAUCGUAGGCAGCAGGAUCAACUGCAACGUCUGUGAAGACUUUGACCUCUGCUUUGGCUGCUACAACGCUAAGAAAUACCCGGACAGUCACCUCCCCACCCAUCGGAUCACUGUGUACCCCAUGGUGACCAUCCGGAUCAGUGACCGCCACCGACUCAUCCAGCCCUACAUCCACAACUACUCCUGGCUGCUGUUUGCUGCCCUGGCCCUCUACACCUCAGACAUGAGCACGGAGAAACAGCAGGAGGGUGAACCUCUGCAGCCCGACACCGUCACCCAGGCCUCCGCCCUGCAGACCCGCUGCUCACAGCUCGUCACGGAGUGCUUGCUCAAGGGACAGACGGGUAAAGGUCUCCGAUCCUCUGCCCUGCUGUCCCUGCUCUCCUCCAAUGGGUCUGCAUCGGAGAGCGAGUGUCCCGAGUCCCCCUCCCAGGACCUCAGCACCAACACCAUCAGCACCACGGAAGACACUUCCUCUCUGCCCGGCUCCACCGCCGCUAUCUGCUCACCACCGCCCUCUAGGGACAGGAGCAAAGACCUUGUGAAGGAUGUGAUGUUGCCCCCUGCUGCCCUGGAGGUGUGCCCCGCCACAGAUGGAGAAAGAAGGGGGGAGGAGGGGAAGAAACUGGUGAAACAGGACACCUUGGACUCCAGCCUCAGCCAAACCCCCUCCCUGUCCACUGAGGAUACACUCUCCCCUGUCAUCAGAGUUCCCGAGUCUGGCUCAGAGACCAUCACCUCCCCAACCGCGGAGGACGUAGAGGAGAUGCAACAGAUGAUGAAGGAGAGUGAUGCCGUGGCGGGGAAGAUGGCCAAGGUCCCCAUACAGGAGCACGUGUUUGCCGAGUGCUCCAGAGAAAGGAUCCUGGGUCUGCUGGCAGCCAUGCUGCCUCCCGCCAAACCGGGCAUCACUCUGGCGCUGUCCAGCCUGAGCCCAUCCUGCCCCAGCUCUUCAGGGGUGGUCGUGUCCAACGCCGGGUGUCUGAACGAGACCUAUCACCUGACCCUGGGUCUGCUGGGGGCAGCUCCUGCUGAGGAUUCCCCCCUUGGAGGCCGACUGCUGCCGUCACAGAGGGCACUGGCCGAAAAGUACGAGCUGCUCACCCCCGGGGAGGGGGCUGUGGACCGGGCCAACACCCAGGGCUGGAAGACCACCCAGCUACUCUUCAGCCUGGGUGCCGUCUGUCUGGACAGUCGCAUCGGUCUUGACUGGGCAUGCUCGGUGGCGGAUAUCCUUCGGAGCUUGAACGCCUGUCCCCAGUGGAGCGUCGUCAUAGCGGCCUUCACGGACCACUGUGUCCGGAAGUUACCACAUGCACUCCGACGCACCAACCUCUUCACCCUCCUGGUGCUGGUGGGCUUCCCUGAGGUGCUGUGCAUGGGGACCCAGUCGGUGUUUGUGGACAAUGCUAACGAGCAGCACCACAUGAUCCUCCUCAAGCACUUUACAGAGAAGAACCACGCGGCCGUGGUGGAUGUCAAGACUCGCAAGAGAAAGACCGUGAAGGACUACCAGCUGAUCCAGUCUCAGGAACUCCAGCUCUACGGGGUGCCCACAGCCCAGGCCCAGCUGACCCGAUACCUCAGUAACUUCACCUCCAUCAUCAGCCACCUGCUGCAGGGCAAUCUGGACAGCAGUGCCCCAGACGCUGUGGAGGCCUCCUGGGUCCUGUCGCUGGCCCUCAAGGGCCUCUAUAACACACUGAAGAAGCACGGUGUGGCCGAGGCGCAGGAGGCCAUCCAGCAGUCUGGUCUGACCAAGCUCCUGGUGAGGAAGUGCAGUAAAGGCACAGGCUUCAGUAAACUGUGGCUGCUCAGAGACCUGGAGAUCCUGUCCAUCAUGCUCUACUCCUCCAAGAGGGAGAUCCACAGCAUGGCCCAGAGCCAGGAGGGAGACCGAGAGGACAGGGAGCCGGAGAAGGAGCAUGAUUCGGACCACUCCAGCUGUUGUACCGAAGAACCCGACCCCAAUCGCCCUGACCCCCUAGAGGGGCUUGACGAGGAGACUAAGAUCUGCUUCCAGAUUACCCAUGAUGCCUUGAAUGCACCUCUGCACAUCUUGAGGGCCAUGUAUGAGCUGCAGAUGAAGAGGACGGACUCUUUCUUCCUGGAAGUGCAGAAGAGGUUUGACGGGGACGUGAUAAAGACGGACGAGACCAUCCGGACGUUGGCCCAGAAGUGGCAGCCCACCAAGAGGCCUCGCACUGAGGAGCGGAGCACCAAGGCAGUGGACACGGACAUGAUCCUGGUGCCCUGCGUGUCCAAGCCCAGCCACUGUGACAAGGCCACGGAGGAGACCACGGUGGUGACCCAGAAGCUGAUCACCAACACUGAGAGUGACCUCCAGCUGAGCUACGCCAAGCAACGCCGAACCAAGUCCUCUGCCCUACUGCACAAGGAGCUGGACGCACGCAGCAACCGCUCCGUCAGGCAGUACCUGGUGAAGGUGAACCAGGCCAUCGCCACCCUCUAUGCCCGCCAUGUGCUGGCGUCGCUGCUGGCAGAGUGGCCCCAGGGGAUGGCGCUGAGCGAGGAGGCCCUGGAGCUAACGGGGGCCUCCCACAUGGCCUACAUCCUGGACAUGCUGAUGCAGCUGGAGGAGAGACCACUCUGGGAGAGGAUCCUACAGAAGGUCCUGGUUGGCUGCAGCCAGAGCAUGCUGGGUAGCCUGUCCCUGACAGCGUGCCAGUUCAUGGAGGAGCCUGGCAUGGCGGUGCAGGCCCGGGAGUCCAAACACCCUUACGACAACAACACCAACUUUGAGGACAAGGUGCAGAUUCCCGGCGCCAUCUACCUGUCAGUCAAGUUCGACCCACGUUGUUACACGGAGGAGGGCUGUGACGAGCUGAUCAUGGCCAGCAGCUCCGACUAUCUCCAGGACCUGCACAACUUCAGCGGCUCUCCGCAGAAAUGGGCCGACAUCGAGAUCCCUGGGGAUACUCUCCACUACAGGUUCAUCUCUGACAUGAGCAACACAGAAUGGGGAUACAAGUUCACUGUCACGGGAGGACACAGGGGGCGCUUCCAGACAGGUUUUGAGAUUCUUAAACAGAUUUUGGCAGACGACCAAGUCCUCAGCCAUCUCCCAUUGGCUGACAUCUGGGAGUGGCUAGUGGGUGUGGCCUGUCGCCAGACCGGGAAUCAGCGACUAAAGGCAAUCCACCUGUUGCUCCGCCUACUGCAGUGUCAGUCACAAAGGGGCUGUGAUCUGACCCUACUGAGGCCUCUGUGGCAGUUGUUUGUGACCAUGGAGAGUGGUCUGAGUCAGGACCCAACCAGCAUCACCGUACUGCUGCCUCUUCACAGAGCCCUGACGGAGCUCUUCUUCAUUGCUGAGGCCAGAGCCAUGGAGGAAGGCACUCUCCAGGACUACCUGAUGGCCCUGACCACAAACGAACAGCUCCUCGCCCACACAGCACUGGCUCUGAAGAACAUCGCUGCCAUCAGCCUGGCAAUCAAUUACCCCAAUAAAUCCACCAGGCUGCUCAACACCUCCCCUUGAGUACGUUGGGGGAGACUGUACCGAGGAGGAGGAAAAAGACGGAUAGCGACUUGGAACGGGCGUGACAUCUUCAUGUCUUUUCUCUGACAGUUCAGAAAGAGGGAUGAAGGGUGAGAAAGAGGGAGGGAGAGAGAAAUGAAGACAAACACACUGAAUAAUCCCUGAAACCACACAACUCACUUCUCCCUCCCCCACCUGUCCUCUCUUUACCCCUCCCCUGUCCUCUCUUUACUCCUCCCCUGUCCUCUCUUUACUC